CCUUAAGCAGCAACAACUAAGUUAGAAGAUAGGAGGAGAUCGAAACAUAAACAUCAGUGUUCUCUCCUAUGGAAUCACCCUAAAAAAGUUGCUGUGUAAAACAGACUGUAUGUAUUCCUUCGUUCCUAGGAUAUUACCAAACCAUAAAAGAUGGGGGUGUAUUGUUGUACGCCUACAAGAACUAGAAAGCCCCAAAGAUCUGAAAACGCAGCAUUUGUAAUAAGUGCACAGAGAGAAGUGUGAAAGAUGACCGCAUACAACGAGCAGUUGGAAUAUGCAAAAAAAAAUUGUGGCAUCUUUUUCAUACUCUUGGAAGAAAAGGAAGGACCUGGCCCUAGCUCAGGAUGAAAUGGGUCUUCCAAAGCACAUGCGCACAACUGAGACACCAACCAGGUGGGGAUCACGUCAGAUGAUGAUACAAAGAAUACUUGAGCAGGAGAGAGCAAUUACUCAGGUUCUUACAGCUGACAAAAAAUCAAGGCAUUUGGUCCUCAGUUGGCAGGAUAUGGAUGUCCUGGAGGCUGUCAAGGUGUUGAGCCCACUUCAGGACUUCACAGAUGCCUUGUCUGGAGAGCGGUAUGUCAGUGUGUCCUACGUUAAGCUGGUACUUCAUCUGUUCAACACCACCAUUCUUGCUGAGGAAGAGAACGAUACUGAACUAACCAAAGAUGUGAAGAGAAACAUUCUAGCCUACUUGAACGAGAAAUACUCAGAUCCAGACACAGAUGACCUGCUCGAUAUGACAUUUUUCCUUGAUCCACAAUACAGAACCACCUAUACAAAUAAAGAAAAGGUCGAACACGUAAUUUCCAGAGCAGUUGAAGUGAUCAAGUUACUAAAGGAUCAACAGCAGGCCCCUCCCUCAGGGUCUCCUGGUGCCGCAGCAGCAGGGCCUGUGGCUCCGCCUGAGGGAAAAAAAAGAAGACCUUGUCCAGCUAUUUAAAAAAGCACAGCACAAGCAGCAUGGGCGACAGUGGUGAAACUCUGUCAGAGGAGGAAACCAUCAAGAUGGAGCUGAAAGCCUAUUUGCAGACCACAGAGGUUGACAUUGAUACAGACCCUUUGGAUUGGUGGAGAUCCCAUCAGGCAAAUUUGCCCAG